AUGUCGCCAGCGCUUGUUAAGAAACCGAUCCUUGAAGCCGAAGAUGUGGGCUUGAAGACUAUCAGCAUCAAGGCUCUCAUGGACGGCGAACCGAAGGCGCACGAAGAUCUCCUCGCUGCCGGCGUUGACUCGGGUUUCUUUUACUUGGAUUGUCGAGACCAUCCAUCGGCGGACUUCCUGAAGCGAAUUCGAGAAAUUCACGAUGCCGCAAUGGACUGGUAUGAUGAGCCGCAGUCCGCGAAGGACAAGUGGGCCGCCGACCAUGACCACGUCAAGGGCGAGGAAAUCGUUUGUGGUUACAAGCCGGCUGGUGUCCACACUGGCCCGGUAGAGGGCAAGCGAGAUGGAUUUGAAGGUACCCUGUUGCCAUUGGAUCAGCCGAUGCCAGCCCCCAAGGCGAUCCAGGAAAAGUGCCAAGUUUUCCGCGACACCAUGCGCGAACUCGGUGACAUGGGACGUGUUGUAUUUGAAAGCCUGUCCAAGUCAAUCCACCUAGAGGGAGACAGGUAUCUCCCUGGGUGCCAUCGCCAACCUGAGUCUUCCACUACAGCUCUCGGAAUGCUCAAAUAUGUCCCCUGGACUCCCGAGACCGACAAGGUCGGACAUAUUGCGCACACCGACACUGGCAGUCUGUCGAUGGUCUUCUCUGACGUGGGUGGUCUUCAAGUUCUUACUCCUCGCGAACGAGAGUGGGUCUACUGUACUCCCAAGAAAGGCCAUGCUGUAUGCAAUCUGGGUGACUGUGUGGAGUUCCUUUCGGAUGGCAAAUUGCGUUCAUCUCUUCAUCGCGUGGUGCCGCAUCCUAAUGAGAAAGAUCGUGUCAAGCUCACCCUCGUCUACCUCAUGCGCCCAGAGACAGACGCAAUCUUCACCGAUCGCGAAGGGACCAAAUGGAAGAGCGUUGAUUGGCACAACAUGAAGAACCGUAUGCUGUGGGAAGAGCUAGAGAAGCAGAAACAGAACAUGGUCGUCACUGGACAAAAGGGAUAUAUGGGUCUCUGGGACCCGGCUGACCACAUGGACGGAAACAUCACGAUGGUGGACCUCAAGAGCUGA